AUGUCUACCUUCCCGACUCCCCUUCCCGUCGUGCUCUGUGGCAAAACCACCAAGGUCGGCAAACCGGUGGCGAAGCUCCUUCUCCCAGAAUAUGAAGCGAUCCACUUCCUCCAGAGCUUCGAAGCAGCAAAAGCGGAGCUCCCGCUUCUCCUUGCGGGCCGCGAUCCCCAGGUGUCGGAGGCCAACGACGACAACGUCGGUACACACAAUUACAGCCAGCCCCCGCGCGCUGUGAUUCUGGGCCGAGCUUUUGAUGAGGAGCAGGUCGAGGAGCUCCGAAAAGCAUGUGCUGGCGCUGCUCUUGCUCCUGUGGCAUGGUUAUUGGGGGAUCCGGCGAAGGCCCCUACUGCGCCGCCUGGACCGGACUAUGCGGCUAAUGUUGUGAAUGAUUGUAAGGCUAUUCUUGCUAAAUGGAAGGAAGAGGGUGGUGUCAGUGAGGAUAUUAUCCUGUUUUGA